AUGGGUCUAUUCUCUGUUAUAACAAGAUACAAUUUAGUUGCUUUUCUUUGUGCUUGUUUUUCAAUAGUUGCAUUUAUCCUUAAUACACUUUCUUUUUUCUUACCAUGGGUUGAAAAUAAAGAUUAUCUCAAAGAAGAAGCAAUGUGCAAUUCAAUUUUUCCACCAUUUAAUGGUAUUUCAAUACAACCUUCAUGUGUUAAAACACACGUUUGGGAUGAUAGUAUCUUCCAAGUUGCUAAUUAUAUAACAAGUGUUUUAUUAUUUAUUACAUUAAUUAUUACUUUCAUUUCAAUUCUAUUUGAUUGUUCCCAAAUGAAUAAACGUAAAUGUAUUUGUUUAAUUCUUCCACAAAAAUUAAAAUAUUUAAGUAUUUUAUCAUUCUUUAUUAAUUUUGUUUCAUUAAAUAUAUUUAUGUUCUUAUUCUUUAAAGAUACACAAAAAUUAACUGAAGCAACAGGUGGAUCAUUAGUUGAAGUUUCAUGGGGAUUUUGGUGUAGUUUCUUUUCUUCAUUAAUUCUUCUUCUUGCAGGAUUUAUUAAUGUUUCUUUCUCCUCUCCUCCAAUUCAAAAACGAAUUUUUAUUUCUUAA